UCCCGAGUGUAGGAGCAGGUCGCCGAGUCUCAGCUUAGACCCCAAUCAGGUUCCCCCUCCUCUCAUCCCCCUCCCCAUCCCUCCCUCUCCCCCUCCCCAGCGACCAUGAAGAGGCAAAACGCCCGAACUCUGGCCCUGAUCGUCAGCAUCCUGACCUACUUGGUGGUCGGGGCGGCCGUGUUUGAGACGCUGGAGUCCAAAGAGGAGAAGAACAACAAGAGGAGGCUGGAGGGACGCAGGUACGAGCUAAUGCGCAAAUACAACCUGAGCAGGGCCAACUUUGAUGAGCUGGAGCACGUUGUCCUGCAGCUCAAAGCCCACAAGGCUGGUGUCCAAUGGAGGUUUGCUGGCUCCUUCUACUUUGCCAUCACUGUGAUCACCACCAUAGGCUAUGGCCAUGCAGCCCCCAGCACCGACUCAGGGAAAAUCUUCUGCAUGUUCUACGCCCUCCUGGGCAUCCCGCUCACCUUGGUCAUGUUCCAGAGUCUGGGCGAGCGCAUCAAUACGCUGGUUCGCUACCUGCUCCACCAAGCCAAGAAGUGCCUGGCCAUGCGUCACACGGAGGUCUCCAUGGCCAACAUGGUGACGGUGGGCUUCUUCUCCUGCGUGAGCACGCUGUGCGUGGGGGCGCUGGCCUUCUCCCACAGUGAGGGCUGGAGUUUCCUGCACGCCUUCUACUACUGCUUCAUCACGCUCACCACCAUUGGCUUCGGCGACUACGUGGCCCUGCAGAGGGACAACGCCCUGCAGAACGACCCCCGUUACGUGACCUUCUGCUUCAUCUACAUACUGACUGGCCUCACGGUGAUCGGGGCCUUCCUCAAUCUGGUGGUGCUUCGUUUCCUGACCAUGAACGCCGAGGACGAGAGGAGGGAUGCCAGGCACAAGGCCCUGCGGAGCGGCACCACCAAACCCAGAGGGGAGGUGGCCUGUCUGGUGCCGCUCUCCGCUUCGACGCCCUCCACGCCCGGGACCAACGCGGCACACAAAACCAAAGAUGGCGUCUACACAGAGGUGCUGCACUUCCAGACCAUCUGCUCGUGCUUGUGGUACCGCAGCAAGGACAAGCUGCAGGGCUCCUCCGCCACCCCCCAGGAGCUGACCCUCUCCGAUGCCUACUUGCCGCAGGAUGGCCCCCACUACACCGAGACCAUGUCCACGGGCUGCGUGUGCACUCCGCGGCGGCGCUCUGGCAAAAGGUCCAUCAGGAGGGGCUUCAACAUUCUCGCUCCGCUCAGAAUGCUUAUGAGACGCAGCUCAGUGUAGCCUCUCGACACGGCAGAGUUCAGCCAAGUGGAUGACUCCUACUUGGCCAAAGAAUUCCACUUUGUGGUGCUAAAAACGCAAAAUAUCCCACGGAGGGAACAUCAACUUAUUUCUUUGAAGAAGAUGAAUGCCCAGCUGAAUGCCGGUCGGUCUCAAGAGUCUGGCAAAUGUUGGGUCGUCCCACCAGGGUUUUGUUUUGCAACUUCAAGCAAACCUCGCUGCUGCAAUGCAGGAUGCUGCUUUGUCUUCUGAACCAACUUGACUGGCUGAGUGUGCUUCAAAAAAAGAAAUGUCUUCAUGUCAUUCCAGUACUGUAGCAGUAAAUACAGAACAACAUAGAGAAAUACUUCUGAUGCAAGGGUGCGCAUGUUUGGGAAAUGCUAAAUUGCAGGAACCGUCCAACAUUUCGGGCAGUAAAGUGGAGCCCUUAAAGUCAAGCUAUUAGUCGACUAUUAAGGGUGGCGAGAGAGCAUUUUGAGUUCAACAUCCGGGUACUGAUGCACUGCAUUUUGCCGUACGUCUCAGUGUCAAUGCACUGAAGCGUACGCAUGGAAGUGUGUGAAUUGAGACACAGUAAUAGACUAUUUUAUCCUUUUACACUCAUAUGAAAGCAAAAAUGUUACUUUAAGCUUGUUUGACCCUGGAACAGAUUAUUUCUCUUUCCAUUGUUUCCUAUGGUAUUCAACUAGAGGUUGUCCCAGAAUGGACUGUGUUCCACCCUUAGAGGUUGCACUGCAUGUGUCGCUGAAAGCCUCUUGUUUUGAUGUGAAACUGCGUGUAGUAGAAAGAAGAUCGUUCAUCCCUCUCGUCAGCAUGCGGGAGCUGUCCCUAUCACACCUGGAAAGAAAA